AUGGGGCCAGCUGGGAUGGCGACAGGACCCCUGCACACGCAUGUCCGAAUUCCGGGUUCCCGCGCCGGCGGCACGCCACCCGGCUCCCCAAGCCUUCCCCGGUCCCCUCCCCUCCGCGGCCUCGGGCUCCCCCAGCCCCGCCUCGGCCCGGCCUCCGCGCGGCCGGCGGGUGGAGGAGGGGCGCGCACGUGCCCGAGCCGCCCCCGCCCAGACAAUGCCCGGGAGAGCGGGGCGCGCGCCGCCCGUCCACCCCGCUCCCGCCAGCACUCACCGUUCCUCCGGUCUGUGGCUGCAGCGCGGCCCCGCCGGGCGCCGCGAGAGGGCACGGGGAGGGGAAGGAGCGAGCGAAGCCCCGGGGAGCCGCCCCGCCACGAGGCCCAGCGACCCCGCAGCCCGCGGAAGCACACGGCUCGGCGGAGCCCGCUCGACCCGCUCCGCACCGCACAUGCAGAAACCGAGGAUCAAGCUGGCUCGGUGGUCCCAACCUGUAGUCCGGGCUACUUGGCUGAGGCAGAAGGAACAUUUGAGCCCAAAAGUUGGAGCUCAGCCUGGGCAGCAAAGGGCGACCCCAGUGGAAAGAGAAAGAAGAGAAAAAGAAUGAAAGAAGAAAGGAAGAAAGGCUCAAAAAUAUUGGGACUUAACAUAGGUCACACAACUAGUGAGUGACUAUCAAGUCCAGCUUUCGCCCUAAAUAUCUGAGGCCAAUCAUCUCAUCUCAUUCCUUUUCCCUGGACCAUCCUACUAUCCAACUCCUCAUCAUUUCUGCCCAAGACGACAGUAGCUCCUGGCAUUUUCAAGUCCCUGGACUUGAUCCCCAGCACUGAAGGAGGAAAAUAAAGACUAAUAAGUCUCCCCAACUGAUCUCCAGGACCUACUUCUACCCCCCUUCAGUUCUUUCUCUUCAGUAUGUGGAUAUUUACUAUUGGAGUUAGAGGAUGGUUUUAGAGUUUGAUUUCUUAUUUUUCAUACUUUCUUUACUUAUGGUACCAAUUAUUUGAUGUAUUUAAUGCUUAAUAUGAAUGCUUUAAAAGAUACACUUCUAUAGCAACAAUAACAUAUCCAGUGCAUUACACUUAGUAUGCACUCAAAAAAUAUUUGUGAAACGUGUGAACAGUAGGGCCAGGA